UAACAGCCGACUGGUAUUGUCGUUUUGGGACAAGAAAUGGCAACUACUUUGGUACCAGGAGCCUCUCUGAGGAACAAGAACUUUCUCGAGGCGAUACAGCAAGCCGGCAGUCCCACAAUGUACCCAUUACCUGCCGAGCCGGCCCGUUUUGUAGCGGGAAAGUCACUGUCAAAUACUCCGGUCGACGAACUGAACCGUAGGAUUCGAGAGCUCUGUGGCACAGACCCCAGAAUUCUGCUCACUAUGGCGAAGAUGGAAGAAGACGAUCGGAAGUCCUGGGUGCGACUGGCCCACUUCAUGAUUCUCCUGGCUAAUGAACAGCACCAGGAAGUAGGGCGUCUUGUUGGCUGGGCAACGACAUGGCCAAAGCUUACAACUGCCGUUGUAGUGGGCGUGGCUGCUGUUCUCAGUCUGACCCUGUUUCACGGGCAAACCGGAGGAGCUGUGUAUGUUCGCUGGGGAAGGAAGACCUGUCCGGACAGCCUAGGGACUGAAAUGGUUUACUCUGGUGUGGCUGGAGGCACAUGGUACGACCAGUCCGGCGGCGGGACCAACUACCAAUGUCUGCCGACCGACCCACAGUGGGGACGGUACCUAGAUGGAGUCGAAGAAUACAAGGCUUACAUGUACGGCGCUGAGUACCAGUUGAACACAAACGUGCCGCUCGGUUCCACCUCCCUUCACGAUAACGACGUCCCGUGUGCGGUCUGCUACGUCCCAACCCGCGGCAGUAAGUUAAUGAUCCCCGCCCGUAACACCUGUUAUAGCGGCUGGACCCGCGAGUACCAUGGUUACCUCAUGGCUGAACACCACAGCCACCCCGGGUCUAAAGAGUUCGUCUGUGUGGAUGAACAGCCUGAGGUGAUGCCGGGCGGACAGGCGAACCGGGACGGAGCGCUGUUCUACCCCGUGGAAGCCCGCUGUGGGUCCCUGCCGUGUCCCAACUACGAGGAAGGGAGGGAACUCACCUGUGUCGUCUGCACCAAGUAGUAUAGAACGUUGUUACCGUUCUUUCCUGGGAAUAGAAUUCUCAAAUAUAAGAAGGAGUCCGCGAUUCAACAUAAUUCCUGAUGCCUCCAUCCAGCUGCAGCUUACGUAAUAAAAUUUUAAGCAGCUUUCUUUGUUGCUGCCGACAGUGUAAGCGACCGUUUCAACAACUUGUCAUUAGCAUAAGAUGCAUGUUUCUAUUGUAAUUUUGCAGUGUUGACUUCCUUACAAUUGUUACCGCCUCCGCAUGAUGUCUGCAUGGGUGACAUCAGACGACCAAAGUCUUAAAAGA